UUAUUUUGAAACCCGGAAUUGCCGCCCCCCUCUUCCGCAAAUCGAGCAACAUCAAGAGUGACGUGCUCGGAUUAAUGUAAGAUUUUGUUUUCUCUCUUGACAGAUUUACCAUCAUUUAGCCGCAAGCCAGGUUUGGAAAACCGAACAAAAUUACGUCGAAAAGAAGGAAUCGUCAAUGGUUCGUCACCGACACAAUACGCCUUGCUUGCUCUCGCUAGGUAAUUUCCGUCCUUUUACCGUAAAGGCCAGCGUGGAGGCCCACCCGGAAUAAUUAGAUGCUCCUGCUGUACGUGGCGUGAAGCCAGUAGUGGUCAGAAACUUGCUGCCGUGUUUAAAAGUUUCUCCCGGUGGUGGUCACCUUGGCGUUCGAGUGACACAACCGGGGAAGAUGGCGCGGCGCUACAACCGAGCCACGUCCGGUUUGAGCGAAGAAUUGAACAAAUACCCCCGACACGUCGCCGUGCUCUGCCUGACGUUUUGGCUGCUCUUGCUGUCCUCGGCGGUGGAGGCCGGACUGUACACGGGCUCCGAUCAAAUCGUCGCGCUCUCCCCGGACAAUGUCAAAUCUGUUUUGGUCAACUCCAGCUCGGCUAUCGUGGUGGAGUUCUACGCGUCGUGGUGUGGACACUGCAUCUCCUUCUCCCCCGUAUAUAAACGACUGGCGAGAGACAUUAAAGAGUGGAAGCCCGCUGUUGACCUGGCAGCCAUUGACUGUGCUGAUGAGAAUAAUAGGAAGGUCUGCAUAACCUUCGGUAUCAGAGGAUAUCCAACUUUGAAGUUCUUUCAUGCCUACAGCCGAGAGGAUUCUGCUGGACAGACUUUUAAAGGUUUGCCCCAUGAUGUCCAAGCUCUCCGUCACCACAUCAUAGAUCUAAUGGAAAAACACCAAGACCCGUGGCCUCCAGCCUGCCCACCACUGGAGCCCACCAGCCAAGCCGAAAUCGACAUCUUCUCGGAGACCAACAACAUACGACACCUUGCUCUGAUCUUUGAAGAUGUGGGCUCCUACAUUGGCAGAGAGGUUACCUUGGACUUGUUGCAGUUUGAAAACGUUGCAGUGCGUAGGGUCCUCAGCACUGAAGAAGACCUUGUGACCAAAAUGGGGGUGACUGAGUUCCCAUCCUGCUACCUUUAUUAUCCUGGAGGCAACUUCACCCGACUCAAAGUCAACAUUGAGGCCCGUACUUUCUACUCCUACGCCCUUCAGGGGCUUCCAGGGGUGGUGCGUUCAGGGAAGUCCCUGCCGGCCACCACGUAUCCCAUCAGCAAACACACAGAGGACCUCUGGAGACUUUUCAACAGGUCCAGGUUGUACAUGGCCGACCUGGAGUCGACGCUGCACUACUCGUUGCGGGUGGAGCUGACCUCUCAUCCUAUCAUCACAGGAGAGGCGCUGACUUCUCUCAGAAAGUACAUCGCAGUCUUGGCAAAGUACUUCCCAGGCCGUCCCAUGCUGAUGAAUCUGUUGAAGUCCCUUAGUUCAUGGCUACAAGACCAGACUGGUGACCAAGUUUCAUAUCAAGCGUUCAGUGAGAUCCUAGAAAAUUCUGCACAGGCUCCAGAUGCUGCCUUGCCCGAGGGGGUGAGGUGGGUGGGUUGCCAGGGGUCACAACCCCACCUCAGACGUUAUCCUUGUGGCGUGUGGACUCUCUUCCACCUUCUUACAGUCCAGGCCAAGAAGUCUGGCGGCUCAGAUCCCAUGGAGGUGCUAAGCGCAAUGACGGGCUACAUCCGCAACUUCUUUGGCUGCAGGCCGUGCGCCGAGCACUUUGUGAACAUGGCCGAGGAGAGCAUGAUGCAGGUGAACACCUUUACUGACGCCAUCCUCUGGCUUUGGUCCCGGCACAAUCGUGUCAACAACAGAAUAGCAGGUGCUUUGAGCGAGGACCCCAACUUCCCAAAGAUCCAAUGGCCACCACCUGACCUGUGUACAGCUUGUCACACAGUGAAGGGCAACGGGGACCACAGGUGGAACAACGAGCAGGUUCUGCCCUUCCUUCAGAACUACUACUCUGCCGAGCGGAUCCUCACAGACUACCUGGAAGACGAAAGUGAGGUUCUGGCCAAGCAGAAGGUUAAACGUGUCAGCCUGCAGCAAAUUUUAGAGGCUCAGAAGCGUAUUGAAAGAGAAGCCAGAGAGGUCGUGAGCCCUCCCAAUCUUCCUCCUCCAACACAAGUGGAAGAGGAGGAGGAGGAGGAGGAGGAAGCGUUGGCAGAUGAAGAGGAGGAAGGUGUGAGCGAUGGAGGAGCGGCACCAGCGGCCCAGAUGGAAGGCAAGACCUUUGAACCGACACCCUGGGCCCGAGCGGAAACCAAGCGGGAGAACGUCAGGAGGCCGAGCAUCGUAGGGAUGAAGAUGCGAGACGUGCAGGAGGACAUCGUGGACCUGGACUCGUUUGUCAACCAGCGCUACAAGGCCAAAGCCGUGCAGGUGGCUACCUCCAGCCGAGUCAAACAACGCACCCUGCAGAGGAACCGGGAGGAGCGAGACUCCGGGCCCGUCUUCGGGCUCGGCGUGGCGGGACCAGAGCCGGACUUCGGUUCCGACGAGGCGAUGCGUGUGCAGAAGCGAGAACUGUCGGCCCGCUUCGGCAGGGACGCCGGCUCGGGCAAGAGAGGCAGCUGGAUGUCCUUGCUGAGCGUGGGCUUCUCCAAAGCGGACGUCAGUCUGUGCGUCAUCCUCUACGUCCUGUCCUCCAUGUGCCUGCUCGCCAUGUACAUCUUCUUCAAAACCCGCCUCCGUCUGCGGCGGGUCAAAGUAUCACUGCCCUGAUCCAAAGUGUGGUCUGGCCACAUCACAGGCAAGCGUAAGGAGAUGUGUCCAGAUUAGCCCGGCCCACUUAACUGCUUCCUACUGGAGACCACACACACCACUUCCCUGCUGGUCUGGUUCCGUGCUUUAAGGUGCUUGUGGUGCCGUCCACUGGUUUGAGAACAUUUCAGCAAACGCCCUAUUGUGGAAGCUUUGUGCAUAUGGAUGUUUAUUUUCAUCAGUGGAACUGGUGUGAGUGAAGGAUAACCUUUUUUUGAUUCUGCCAUGAAGGACAUUUGAAUACAUUUGCAGUCAAUGGAACGACUACAACUAA